CAACCAACAACUGUCCAACCUGUUUUUCUGAAAAAAAUAAAGAGUUUCAUUUUCUGAUGUGGAUGGACCAAAACAACUUGUGAGUUUUUCCAGCACAUUCUUUUACAGAAUCUGUUUCAGUUCUGAGGAAAUGAUGCCUUUGUUGCCAAAAGGAGCUUUUGCUUCCUUUUCAUCUGUGGUAUAAAUGCUAAAAGGUCAAAGUCAUGAACUGGAGACGGAUCGCACACAUUCUGAAGAUGGAAAAGAGUCUAAAAGAGUUCUUGGUGUCUGUCAUUCACAGCCUGCCCCCCAGCCAAGGCAAUUUCUGGCAAGAAUUUCUUCAUGUUUCCCAGGAUAUCUCUCCCUUUGCUGUUCCUGUGGGAUUGGCUGCUACGCUUAUGUCCCUUCUGUCAGCCGUCUUCGUGGCAUAUAAAUGGAGGAGAACCAAAAGCAAGUUCAACAAAAUACAAUCAGAUGAUCCAGUCUGCGAUACAGGAGGCAGAGAGACUGAGAAGAAUAAUCUACAUGAAUCUAAGAGUGAAAGAGAAUCUUUGAUCAAGGAGAAUCAUGAGUUGGAGAAAGAAAUGACCCAACUGAAGAACAAGUAUGAGCAGCAGCUAGAAGACCAAAAGAAAGAAAGUGACAAUCUUCAAGAAAAGAUGGCAAAUGGCCUUAAGACUGCAAGAAGGGAUCUGGAGAUGAUGAAGACAAAUCCCAUUCAGAGGAGGCAGAACUUUACUGAGUCACUGAAGAACACCCUAGCAAUGCAGCGGAUACGCAGACUGGAGGACCAGAUAAAAACCCUCAGUGUUUCUCAAGUUAACAGCUGUUUGGCCCACAAUGACCCGCUGCUAACUAGGAGGAAGAGAGAGGCGGAAAAAACGCAGACAAUGAUUUUGGACACAAUUAAACGAGUCAGGGAGAGUUUUCCUUCACUGAAGCAGGCGGUUGCCAUGGCGAGGAUACACAAACUGGAGGACCAGAUGAAACACCUCAGUGUUUCUCAGGUCAACAGCUGUUUGGUUAUAAAUGACACACCGAUGACGAGGAAGAAGAGAGAGGCAGAAAAAACACAGAUUUUGGACACAAUUAAACGAGUCAGGGGGAGUUUUCCUUCACUGAAGCAGGCGGUUGCCAUGGCGAGGAUACACAAACUAGAAGACCAAAUAAAAGAAAAAGAGAUUCUUCAAGAACAGAUGGAGAAUGACCUCAAGACUGCAAGAAGGGAUCUGGAGGAGGCUGACAGCAACCUGAGGCAGAAAGAUGAUGAACUGCAGAAGAUCAUUGAGAGGCUAAAGGAAACGACUGAGGAGCACAAACAGCAGACUGUGCUACAUGAAUCUAAGAGUGAAACAGAAUCUUUGAUCAAGAAGAAUCAGGAGCUGGAGAAAGAAAUGACCCAACUGAAGAACAAGUAUGAGCAGCAGUCUGAUGCUGAAGCCCAGCAGGAGCUAAAGGAUGAACAGCAGGAGAGCAGUGAUGCUACAGAAAGUCCAAAUGAGCUGAAAACAGAACUGGAAAACGAGAACCAAAAGCAGAAUAAGGAGCAGCCUGAAAGGUUUCUGGUUGCUGAGGAGCUGAAAGUGGAGACUGAGUUGUCAGAGGGCAGGGAUCUCAGGAAAGAGCUGCAAGACUUGAAGAUUUAUUCUGAGCUUCUUGCAGAGAAGAACCAGCAGCUGGAGGCUCAGCUGGCUGAACUGAAAGAGAGAUACAAGCAGGAGUUUAGAACAAGAAUAGAGGAAGAGCAACAGUGGAGGGAGGAGCUUGAGGAAGACGUGGAGAUUCUGAGGAAGGAACUAGAAAAGCAGACAGAGUAUCGUGCAAUCCAAGCAGGAGCAGAAUCAGAGAUCCAUGGAGAUAAAGUAUCAGUUCCAGAGGAUUCCAGAUAACAUUUUUUCCAGUUAGCUAAUGGCAGCUUAGCAACAGUCCUUCUUUAUUUAAAGCUUUAAAAAGAUCCAGUUAAAUAACCUUAUUUCUCUAGAUGAAGCUUUAACAUAUUGAUUUUCUUGCUGUGUAUCUUGAUAGAACAUUGAUAUUAGAGACUUAAUACUGUUAUUGAGAGACAAAACAAUAAUUAAAGGUUAUUAGUAUUGCUUUUAUCAGAUAACUUUUGUAUAUUGUUUCCUUUUUGUCUUUUAUGCUUGAAAUAUAACAACUAAUCUUUGUUUUAACAUAAAAAUAUAUAUUUCAGAACUCUUUGACACUGAACAUUUAUUAUUUCAUAAGAUUAUGUUUGAUUUGUUUGUUUAAAACUCUGAUCGAGGUUUGCCAUUAAAGAUAAAGCCAGAAAUGAUCAGGUUUUAAUUGUCUUACCUCCUGUAGAAGUCUGGGUGCUUGUUUCUGUAGAUAGAUGAGGGAGCGCAGUAAAGAGGGAACAGAGAGGAUCAGAUGGGGGACAACGUUUAAAGAUAAAUAUUUCAGAAAGUAUUUUAUGGAUGCUUUAGAAAUUUGAAGAUUUAAAUAUCUUUUACCUCUGGAGAUAUUUUAUAUAAAAAACAAUCACUAUUGUUAAAGUAAAAAUACAAAAAGCUCUUAACUGAAAAAUACGUGCAAUUUAAUCGUAUAGUUUUUUCAACUCGUGUUUUUUCUGUUGGAAUAACUCAGUCGUCACUAAUGGUUAGAACUGCUGUCAGACAUUAAAACUGUUCUGUAUUCCCCUUUAUCCUUAUUUAAAAAAUUGUUCAAAACAAACCACUGGAUCCUGUUUUCCAAGUUUGAAGACGUUUUGCUUGCCAUCCAAAAAGCUUUCUCAAUUCAAAAUGUCUGAAGUAGUGUUGAGCUCCAGGCUUUUUAGGGUAGCCCAACAAAAGCUAAAAGGGCUUAGAAAACAGGCAAAUUGAACCAUAAACAGGUCCACCACUUUUUAAUAGGAAGUCGUUGAGGUUGUUAUUGGACUGCAGUACCCGAUCCUGGUCCAUGCCUCUGAAAAGGAAGUCUUUAGGGUCAUUGUUGGCCUGGCUGACCAGGAGAGAUGUUUUGGUUGCCUGAAUGGCAAUGAGGAUUUAGAUGAUAGUGUAAAGGAAUCAACUCUAACGCAGCGUUAUAGGUUUUCAAGAGCUAAAACCUGAGUCCUCCUCCUCUGUUUAAGUUUGGUUUUUCUCUCUUAACGUAAAUGGCUUCCUUCACAUCCCUUUAAAACCACCUGUCCUCUUUGUCCAAAAUGUGAACAUUGUGGUCCUCAAAAGAAUGUCCUUUGUCAAUAAGGUGUAGAUGUACAGCAGAGUCUUUUCCAGAGGAGGCCGCUUUUCUGUGUUGGGCCAUGCAUCUGUGGAGAGGUUGUUUGCUUUCUCCAACAUAAAGAUCAGAGCAUUCCUCGCUGCAUUAAACUAAAUACACCACUCCAAUCAUAUUUGGUUUGGGGGUUUUGUCUUUAGAAUACACUAGUCUCCAUUUAAUGGUCUUGUUUGGUUUGAAAUGUACUGUUAUUUUGUGUUUGGAGAAAAUCCUCUUGAGUUUUUCAGAGAUUUCAGCAACUUAUGGUAUGGCGAUGUUUGUGCGUUUAAUCUUGUCAACACGCAGCAGAGUAUAACGGCGAGGCAUAACUCAAUACUACUUAAGACAUUUUGAAAUGAGAAAGCUUUCUGGAUGGGAAGCGAAACAUCUUCAAACCUGAAAAACAAAGUCCAUUGGUUUGUUUAUUACUUUUUUUUAUGACUGUGACCAGGAUGACUCAGGAUCUUCAGCAGCACCUUUAUCCUGAUAUUCUGAUCUGUAAUGGGCAAUGUAUUGUGCAUCAGAAUUUUAUGUGAACUUACUGAUAUUUUGAAAGAUAUGUGACAUUCAUACACACUUAAAUGCAUGGGUGUCCAAAGUGCAGCCCUUGGGAAAUUGUACACUUGCACCCUAAUCCUUAUUUAUCUUGAUAUACUGUAUAUAUAUUGUUUAUUCUUAAUGCACCUUUUUCCUCCUUGUUUGUACCUUCUGUUAUUACUAAGUCAAUAU